AUGUCAACUGAAUGGUCACUGGAUUUCUGUCUGGUCUGUGACCGUCAAACCCUUGGCGGUCCCUAUUGCUCUCAAUCCUGUCGACUCACCGAGCUAGAUCGUCCAGCUCCCGUCGAAGACCACAUCUCCCAGCCCUCAACCGCUGCUCAUUCUCGCUCCUCUACCAUCGAAUCUACCACCGAGGCCCAGGCGGCCCUCAGUUUAUCAGCUUCAUCUUCUCAGACCUCCCUGUCUUCUCUCCGAAGCCAUGCCUCAAGUGCUACCCUCUCCGACCAUCUCCAAGAUGAGCUCCGGGAUUAUGCAAGCUCGUUCGACCCAGUUCGAGACUUGAAGCGACGAAUGACGACCUCCCAAUCCGACCAUUGA